AAACGUCACCGUGCGUCAUCGAUCGAAUGUGUUUGGUGUGAGGUCGCAUCGUCUUCAGCAGCAGCGCGAGCGAUUUUCAUCUUUCGCUCGGAAGAAAAGUUUUUGUUUGCCCCGUGGCAAAAAACGCGCAUAUUUCCGUGUGAAAAGCUCCGAUUUACAUCCGCGAAGUGACCGGUGUGGUACAGAUCUUGAAAGGAGGAAAGCCGAAACGCCGCUGCCAUGGGAGUACCAGCAUUCUUUCGCUGGUUGUCGCGGAAGUAUCCGUCCGUAAUCAUCGAGUGCGUGGAGCAGAAGCAAUCCGAUGAGCACGGAAAUCCGUUGUACGACGAUAUGACCCAACCAAACCCGAACAAGGUGGAGUUUGACAAUCUGUAUCUGGAUAUGAACGGGAUUAUCCAUCCUUGUACGCAUCCGGAGGACAAACCGGCCCCGAAGGACGAAGACGAGAUGAUGGUGGCCAUCUUCGAGUGCAUUGAUCGUUUGAUGAACAUUGUGCGGCCGCGGAAGUUGCUCUAUAUGGCGAUUGAUGGUGUGGCCCCGCGAGCUAAAAUGAACCAACAGCGAUCACGACGGUUCCGAGCUUCUAAGGAAGCUGCGGAAAAAGCGGCAGAGGUCCAGAAGAUCCGCGAGGAGUUGAAGGCCAAGGGAUGCAUUUUACCUCCGGAGAAAGAGAAGGGAGCUCACUUUGAUUCCAAUUGCAUCACUCCUGGAACGCCGUUCAUGGACAGGCUGAGUAAAUGCCUGCAAUACUAUGUGCACGAUCGGAUGAACAAUAAUCCCGGUUGGAAAGGGCUGAAGAUCAUUUUGUCGGAUGCUAAUGUUCCCGGCGAAGGUGAACAUAAAAUUAUGGACUAUAUUAGGAAGCAGAGAGCGCAACCGGAUCACGAUCCGAACACGCAUCACGUCCUUUGCGGUGCGGAUGCCGAUUUGAUCAUGUUGGGUCUGGCCACUCACGAGACGCAUUUCACCAUAAUCAGGGAGGAGUUCUUGCCCAACAAGGAACGACCUUGCGAUAUCUGCCAGAUAAUGGGUCAUGAAAUGAAGGAUUGUACCGGGUUGCAAUCGGAACGGGACAUUAACCGGACGCCACCUCCCCCGGGCGCUGAGACCCAGUUCAUUUUCGUCCGUCUAAAUGUACUUAAGGAGUACCUCGCGAAGGAACUCGACAUGCCCAACCUACCGUUCAAGUAUGACUUCGAACGGGUCAUUGAUGAUUGGGUGUUCAUGUGUUUCUUCGUGGGAAAUGAUUUCCUGCCGCAUUUACCCAGUUUGGAGAUUCGCGAAAACGCCAUCGAUCGUCUGGUCACAUUGUACAAGAAGUGCGUCUACAAGACCAAAGGAUACCUUACGGAUUCUGGUAGUGUAACGGUCGACCGCGUUGAACUAAUCAUGACGGAUCUUGGCUACGCAGAGGACGAAAUUUUCCGCCAGCGGAAAGUCACUGAGGACCGUUUCAAGGAACGUAACAAACGCAUGAAAAUGCAGAAAGAACGCGAACAACGUCCCAAUUUUGAUCAAAUGAAUAAAUCACAGUUCGCUCCGACACCCCUGGGAAGAGGGGUCACUCCCCAGGCUAUCCAGAAUCCGCGCCAAGAGGCAGCCCACUUCCGAAUGCUUGGUAGCAAUCAGCAACAAUCCCAGCAGCACAAUUCCAACAAUGAUAACAACCGCCGCGGCCAGAAGCGCAAAGCAGACGAACCACUCACUCCAGCGUCCGUCGAAGAGCCAGAAACUCCGGACGAGGUCCGCCUGUGGGAAGAUGGAUUCAAAGACCGUUACUAUGAGUCUAAGUUCGACGUCGCACCCCAGAACAUGAAAUUCCGUCAAACCGUCGCCUGGGAGUACGUCCGGGGCUUGUGCUGGGUACUCAAGUACUACUAUCAGGGCUGUGCAAGCUGGGAGUGGUAUUUCCCGUACCACUACGCUCCCUUCGCAUCCGAUUUCAAGGCUCUCAGCAACGUUAAUACCCACUUCGAGCGGGGUACUCCGUUCAAACCGCUGCAACAGCUGAUGGGCGUCUUUCCGGCCGCCAGUCGAAAUCACGUUCCUCCGGCGUUUGCUGAGUUGAUGGUCGAUCCCAAGUCGCCGAUCAUCGAUUUUUAUCCGAUCGAUUUCCACAUCGAUCUCAAUGGGAAGAAGUUCGCCUGGCAGGGUGUGGCCCUGUUGCCGUUCGUUGACGAGAAGCGGCUGUUCAAGGCUACCGACCCGAAGGUGCCGCUGCUGACGCGGGAGGAACGAUUACGCAACGAGAACGGCCUCGCUCGGUUAUACCUGUCACCGGGUCCGGACGCGUACAAGAUGGUCAAAGGAUUGUACAAUGGAUCGGUGGACUACGAACGUGAGGUUCCUAUUCUUGCCGAUUGCAUGCGUGGUCUCAUCAUUCCAACUGUGGAAAACGUCCCGCAAGAUGGGGUGCUACCGUCGCCCAUUCCCGGCCUGCACCCGGUGUGCGAGAACAAAGUGCUGACGAUGAAGUAUCUCGAUCCGCAGUAUGCCGACGACUUCAUCUACCCGGCCCGGAAGCUGGAGGGAGCUCGCGAUCAGCCCAAGGUCUUGGGAGCGAACGAGGGCCCGGUGAUUGGCUUCGGACAGCGAACAAAUCGUGCCGGUUUGGGCAGCGCCGGACACAGGAUGAUGAACCAUUAUACUGGCAAUAGUAGAGGUGGUGGCGGAGGAGGAGGUGGCGGCGGUGGACGCAAUGAUUACAACAAUUUCUCGAGAGGUGGAAAUUCGUCCAACAACAGCGGUUUUAAUUCGUCCUCAUCGUACGGAAACAACAGCAGCCAGCACUCGCAAUCGAACAACAGCUAUUCGAACAAUUCUAAUUCCGGAUCAGCCAACCGCGGUGGAUCGGCGAGCGGUGGGGCCAAUCUGAGCGCCUUCGAGCAACUGAGCAGCCGUAUCAAUCAGUACCAGCAGCAGGUGAUGAGCGAGAUCAACCGCAACGCCAGCAGCUCCGGGAUGAUGCUGCCGAACCCGUUCGCCAAUCAGAUUCCCUACGACUACAAUAGUAGGGAACGUCAGAACAGUGGCGGUGGGUAUCAGGGCCGCGGAGGUUUCCAGCAAAACCGCGGUGGCAGAAACAACUUCGGUGGCAAUCAGUUCGGGCAGCGCAACCAAGGUGGCCAGAGAUUUAACAACAACUUUAACAAUGGUGGUGGAGGUGGAAAUCGCUUCGGUCAGAACAAUUCCGGUGGUAAUCGGUACAACAACAACCGGAGAAACUUUUAAAGGGUUUUUCCCGGGAAAGGUAGGUGACCUUGUAGCACUUGGUGUGGCUAUAGAGACAUUAUAUUACAUUUAACCUAUUUAACAUUUCCAUUCGACGUCAUAACUGUUUGGAUUGCAAAAUUGAUGCAUUAGCAUCCUUUUGGAAUUUUAUAGAGUUUGAAAAAUAAGAAGGAAUCAGUGUAGCACUUUUCUAAGAAUGUAAUUUCAUUGCAAAAGCGUAUCCGUCGGAUACGCUGUGAACUUGUAUGUGUGAGAAACUAUGUUUUCCUACCUGGUGAUCAAGUGAAAUUAAAUUUCAAUGAAAAUUGGUAGACUAUUACCUAAUUGAGUUUUAGUACAAUGAUGAAGGUUUUACUGUAGACUAAACUUACCUAUUGAUUGUAUCUAUCGAAAGAGUGAAUUUGGAAAGCUCAGUAAAUGAAGGUUUGCAACUCAAAAA